GUCAGGCAUCAGGUGAAUCGUAAACUCUUUAAACAUGGCCGCGUCCGCAGAAAAGGAAGAGGUUGGACGCAGCUCUAAUGAUAAUGGGAAAGGGAACGGGCUUCUGUUAUAUCACCAUCAUUAUUCCUUUUAUUCUCAAAAGGUUAUCAUGGCUCUCCAUGAAAAGAAGUUACCAUUUAAGGAACACAUCAUUAACCUGACAAAAGGGGAGCAGUACCAACCAUGGUUCCUGCGUAUCAAUCCUCGGGGUGAAGUUCCUGUUCUUAAGGAUGGUGUUAAGGUCAUUCCAGAUUCGGGCAGAAUAUUAGACUACCUCGAAGACAAUUUCAGCAAUGGCGAUACUCCUAGAUUAAUGCCACUGGACCAGGGUCCAGAAAUACGCCAGAAAGUUCUCCAGUUCCGUACAGUUAUUGACCAUAUACCUGCAGGAACUGUAACUAUGGGAUCAUUUUUUCAUCCAGAAUUUUGUCAGAAUCCUAAACAACCAUUCAUUCAACCUGUAAGAAAAUCUUUAAUGGCUGCAGAGAACAACAGUGCCAAUAUCUUACGAAUGCAUGCAGAGAGAAAUCCUGACAUUCAGGAGAUCCUGCUUCAGAAAGCAAAGUUCCAGGAAACUAAGCAUGUAUCAGUAACAGAUAAAGAGGAGUUCAAGAAGAUUCUCAACCAAGUUGACUUGGUGUUGAGUGAAGUGGAGAAAGAGCUUGAAUCACAUAAAGAAGAUCAAAAAAAUUGGUGGUUGUGCAGUGAUCGUUUCACAGUUGCUGACAUAGGACUGGCAAUCUUGCUGGACCGUCUGAAUCGCCUUGGAUUGGAGCGAUACUUCUGGGAAGAUGGCAAGAAACCACAUAUAUCACAAUAUUAUCACAGAGUUCAGCAACGAGAUUCUUAUAAAAAGACAAUCCCAUCAUCUCUGUCGCUUGUCAAGAUGUUUAUUCAGACACAGUCCCCACUUAUUGUAGGAGUGGCCACAGCUGUAACCGUCAUCAUUGGUGGUAUAUUCUACUAUAGAAAAAAUAAGUGAAUGAACAAUGUGAUCAAGGAUACUUACAUCCAGUGAAAUUCCACUGUUAUGUGGUGAGCAUGUUCUAUUCAUCAUAUACAGUAUAUGUUUAUAUUUUUAACAUAUUCCAGUAUUAAUGAAUAUAGAUAAAUUAAAUGCUGUUUUUGCUCAUUUUAGUAUAUGGUUGCCAACUUUACACAUUGUUACUUUGUACAGACUGGGAUACUGGAAUACUAGACAGUGAACAAAGUACAGAAAUGCUGUAAUACUACUUGUAACACAUCAUUAGUAGAACCCUUUAGAAUUGAUAAAAGUACCAUGUUCUUCUGGAAGUGUGAACUUAGUCGCUAUAGUAACAGAAUUAAAUAUUAUAUGAGUACCACAUCUAA